AUGUUCUAUUUAACGCUUUUUUCAUCAACACAAGUCACCUCAAAAUACAAUAAUGGAGAUGAAAAGGAAGUUACCAUUUUUCCAAGCACAGCAGAAAAAAAAAUAAUUUGCUGGAUGCCUUAUUGGAAUUAUCUUGUGAUUCAAGAAAAAGUAGAAACUAAACGUAUUUCGAAGCUUCACUUGAAUCCUGAAUAUCCAGCGGCUCACAGGCGUACGAAGAAAUGCCGUGCUCGAACUGGAACUCGCUACAAGACUCAGCCAAUCACAUUUGAUGAAAUUAAGGAAGUUGAUGAAGAAAACAUUGAACCUGAAUCACAAAAAGAGAAUUUACGUGGACAGUUUCAAGCAUUUUCUCGUUCCAUGGAUGGAUUAGUCCCCAAAGUUCCCCAACAACAAGGGGACAGCACUACAACCCCCACCAACAGCAGCACACCGCCACUUCCUCCUCACACAAAGUCCUGUUUAAAAAAAAGACCACAAGUCAUAUCUCCCCUUGCUCGUGAACCUGGCCCUAAACCACGAAGAGAGCGCUCUGCAUCAACUACAGAAGCCAGUACACAGACAUUCUUUACUGACUUGGAUAAAGGUAGUAGCAGUGUUAUGUUUGUUACAGACACCACCAAUAUGGAUAACCACUCUGAUACUAAUGUUGAGGGUCAUAUGACUUAA